UCUCCUUUUUCUAACCCCCUCCCACCGGCACCCACCUGGGAACAGCUGCCUUUAGGAUUGCUUGGGCUGAUGCUCCCGGAAAGCUUCGCUUCUGCAGCUUUUAAGUGGAGAGCCAAACAACACUGUUAGCCAAAGUCUCUUCAUGGAUGAACUGUUUCUCAAGAGAACCUGAUGGUAAGAAGAGGGUUCCAAGAUGGCAAGGUAGCUACAGACAAAAAAGGCAAGGUAGCUACAGACAAAAAAGGCAGAAAAUUUGGCCACCAUUUGCAGAAGGAGCAGCCUGAGUGGAAAUUAUCACCUGCAAAGAUGAAGAAGAGUAUGUUUUUAUACCUCGCUUUUCUCUACCUGAAGAAGCCUCAAAGCAGUUUACAGUUGCCUUUCCUUCCUCUUUCCACAACAGGCACUUCGUGAGGCAGGUGGAGCAGAGAGAAUUCUGAGAGAACCGUGACUGGGCCAAAGUCACCCAGCAGGCGUCAUGUGGAGGAGGAGUGGGGAAUCAAACCUGGAUUGCCAGAUUAGAGUCCACCGCUCUUAAUCACCACACCACACUGGCUCUUACCACGCUGUCCUGGAAAGACACAUCUGAAUUCCUCUCACGCGCCUCCAUUUCCAGUUUGAGGUAUGAAAAUGGAAAAAGCAGAGUUGGCAGGUCCCGAGCUGGAGAUGGGGACCAUCAGGUCCUGUUUCAGAGGAACGGGACCGCAACAGGUAAAAAAUGAGCCAGAAGAUGGACUGUCUUCACAGCAGUGGGAAGCCCAAUGGCAGGAGUUCCUCAAGACGGUUCAGUCCCCUCCAUCCGGAUGGCAGAAGCCACAUCUUUCAGAGCCUCUGCCAAAGGAUGAUGGAAAGGCUUCUCCAGAAACUGCUGAAGGUGCCAUCAGCUCAGAGGGACAGUGCCAAAACUUCAGGCAGUUCUGCUAUCCGGAAGCUGCAGGUCCACGGGAGGUUUACAGCUGCCUCCGGGAGCUUUGCCAUCGGUGGCUGAAGCCAGAGAGACAUGCCAAGGAGCAGAUCCUGGACUUGGUGAUCCUGGAGCAGUUCCUGGCCAUCCUGCCCCCCGAGAUGCAGAGCUGGGUGAAGGAACGGGGAUCCGAGAGCUGCUCCCAGGCAGUGGCCCUGGCCGAGGAUUUCCUCUUGAGACUGCAGGAAGGAGAGACCCUGGAAAAGGAGCCAGCAAGGCUGUUCCAAGAGGUGGUUAUCAGUCUUCCAGGAGAAGAGGGGCCUUUGCUGGAAAUCUCAGAGAGAGAUCCAUCUAGAGAGGUCAAACAAGAGAGUGAAGGCGAUGCCAGCUUGUUAGUCAAUGAGUACCAGGGUGAGAACAAAAGACAGCCAUUUGUAGCUUUAUUGGAAGGUCCCAAGCAACAUGGGGUGGAAAGAAAUGAUGGCAGGAAUCAAGAUGGGCAAAAAUGGAAGGAAGGAACCAAGGAAUGGAACAAUGAAUCCAUUACUUAUCAAGAUGGUGGUUUUUGUGAAAUUACAGUGCUGCCAAGGAUGUACAACAGGAAACAAAGGAAUAAAUGUACCGUGUGUGGGAAAGUUUUCAGAGAUGAAACUUACCUUCAUAAGCAUCAAAGAACCCACACUGGGGAGAAGCCAUACGAGUGCUCAGACUGCGGGAAGAACUUCCGUUGGAGCUCAGAUCUUCACCGCCAUCACAGAACCCACACAGGAGAAAAACCAUAUAAAUGCUCAGACUGUGGGAAGAGUUUCCGUCGGAGUUCAAACCUUCAUAGGCAUCAAAGAACCCACACAGAAGAGAAAUCCUAUGAAUGUGCUGACUGUGGGAAAAGUUUUCGCUGCAGCUCCAGCCUCCUUAGUCAUAAGCGAACGCACACUGGAGAGAAACCAUAUGAAUGCUCAGACUGUGGUAAAAGCUUCCGUCUGAGUUCAAACCUUGUUAGCCACAAGAGAACCCACACUGGAGAGAAGCCCUAUGAAUGCCCAGACUGUGAGAAAUGCUUUCGCCGAAGCUCACAUCUGAACACUCACAAGAGAAUCCACACUGGACAGAAACCGUACAAAUGCUCAGAUUGUUCCAAAACCUUUUCUGAUAGGUCCAACCUUCUUAGCCACCUGAGAAUCCACACAGGACAGAAACCGUAUAGCUGUUCGGACUGUACCAAAACGUUCUCCAAUAAAUCCAACCUCCUUAGCCAUCAGAGAAUCCACUCGGGGGAGAAGCCCUACGAAUGCUUAGACUGUGGGAAAAGCUUCAGCGUGUGCCAAUAUCUCACCCGGCAUCAGAGGAGACACACGACAGAGAAACUGUAUGAAUGCUUAGACUGCGGGAAACGAUUCAGUCAGAGCCAAUACUUAAUUCGGCAUCGAAAACACUCACACAGAAGGCAAAGCAUGUGAACACUCACACUGUGUGGAAGAUUCCAUUGACACAUUUGCAUGACUAACUGUAAAAGCAGUCUUACUAAAUGACAAUCAUAUCAGUGUUCAGCCUUGUGAAGAGAGACAAAACUUAAGAAUACAGAAUCCUAAUAUUCCAUUUGUCUCUGCUGUAGAAGAUACAGUGGGCAUCAUGCAGACAGGGCCUUUCUGACAAUGGCCCCAUGAAUGCAGAACUGCUUCCUUUGGGAGGUGCAGCUUGCUCCCUCCUUACUGGCAUUUGGGUGGCAGGGUAGAGCUUUUCUGGAGUGUUUGAAAGGUGAUGCUCGUAUCUCUCCCAUUGCUAGAAAAUGUGGAAUUUCUGCUUGGUAUGGUCCCGAAACAUUUCAGCGUGAUCUUACCAUUUUCUCUGCCACCUGGCAGAGUUCAAUCAGAUGCUUUUAAAAUAUAUAUAUAAAUAGAA